AUGAGCAUCAACGUGAAGGGAAUUGGAAAAGAAACCCCCAGCCACCCUCGAGCAGUAUCCAGAGCCACGGCAGCAGUCUGCGCUUGCUUCCUCCGCGGCAGUAGUCCGCACAACGGCAGCGCACACCACCGCUUCCCGGAGCCUCCCAUCAUCGUCUCUGCCCUUCUCUCGUACGGCCGACGUGAGGGAGAUAGAAGGCCACGAGAGAAUAGUCAUCACCAUCAUCGACUAGGGUAA